AUGUCCUCGAACUCAACAGUCAACACACAUCUUCUUAGCCAUUCUCCAUUAUCAGUUACCACUUCUCUCACCGACAGCAUGCCCCCUCACGAAGGACUGGUCCACCCCAAAGAAUACGAUAUCAAGGACAGCAAUGUGGAACUAAUCGGUUCCGACCUUGACCACCGUGUCAAGUACAACUCCGCCGCUACCGAGCCCGCUUGGAACAACGGAUCUAUCGGCCAGGAGCCGGGUCUGUUCGUGUGGAGGAUCGAGAACUUCGAGGUUAUACCAUGGCCCAAGGAACGUACGGGAGAGUUCUACAAUGGAGACAGCUACAUCGUGCUGCACUCGUACAAGGUGGGGGACAAGCUGGGUCAUGACAUCUUCUUCUGGCUGGGCAGUAAGACCACCCAGGAUGAAGCCGGUACAGCCGCUUACAAGACGGUCGAGCUGGAUGAAUUCCUGCAUGGCACCGCGACACAGCAUCGCGAGAUUGAACAGGAGCCAUCCGAGGAAUUCUUGGGUCUGUUCCGGCACAUCUCCAUCCGGUCGGGCGGCGUGCGGUCUGGAUUCCACCACGUCGAGCCUGAAGCACCCAAGGAUAUCCUCACCUUGCUUCGCGUGUUCAAGCAUCCUUCUGUAGGUCGCUCGAUUAUUGUGCACGAGGUGGAGCCCACCUGGGAAAGCCUCGACGAGAAUGAUGUGUUCGUGCUGGACAAGGGUGAUAAGAUCUGGGUCUGGCAGGGCAAGAACUGCAGCCCCAUGGAGAAGGCCAAAGCUGCGCAGGUGGUCAAUGACAUGACUCUUGCUAAGCACAUUGAUGUCGAGGUUCUGUCGCAGCUCGAGUCGCGCUCCAGGGUCAUUGUGGACUUGCUGGGAGGCAAGGAGGCCGACCCAUCCACAUUCCAGGCUCCGCGACCGGGGCGUUUCGCCAAACGCACGGACGACGGCGGCGAUGUGCGGUCACGCAAGCUCUUUAGACUGAGCGACUCGUCCGGCACACUCACUUUCGACCUGGUCAAAGACGGCCAGCGUGUGAGCAAGUCCGACUUGGUUGGAAACGACAUCUUUCUCUACGAUGUUGGCAGUCGGCUGUGGGUCUGGCAAGGCUCCGAGGCCAGCCAGCGCGAGAAAGCGCUGUGGCUCAAGGUUGCCCAGCACUACGUCCGUCAGCUGCAGAACCAGCUCCCAGAGGCACACUACAUCCCGAUCGCCAAGGUCGUGGAGGGCUAUGAGAGCCCGGCAUUCAUGAGAGCCAUCGAGGCCUAG